UUUGUUUCGUCAACUAAAAAGAUGGCUCAUACUAAAUUGGAUUUUGAUGAAAAUUCUUCUAAAACACCUUCUUCAUUAAUUAUAAAGGAUAUUGUACGUAAUGAACAAGAAGAACUUGCGGAAGAAGUAUUUUUAGAAGAACUUUCAUCACAAUUAGCAGAAAAUCCAAAAGCAAUGGCUGCAAUAACAGAAGAAUACAUGAAAACCACUAAAUCAGAUGGACAAGAUUUUGAGAGUAUUCAACUGCUCCCUAAUCCUGGAUUUGUAAUAAAAAUUCGUAUAGCAUCCUCAAAUAAAAAACUAUAUAAAUUAAAUUCAAAAUUUUUCAUCAAUUUUUGUUAUUCAAAUAAAGUACCAUGUCCACCAAAUGCUACUGAAACUGAAAUAAAAAAAUCAAUGAAUGGCGAUGAGGAUUCAAUUUAUCGUGUUCCGACCGUUAUUAGUAAUAUUCGAGAAGAUAAAGACAAUAAGGAGGAUCUUUGUUAUGUUUGUGAUGCUAUUAUUCAUACAUUACCAUUUAAAAGAACAAGAGAAGAUUCCGAUUUUAAAUUAUAUAUAAUCGAACUGGCGGUGGAAAUGAUUGAAGAACAAUUUAAUCUAGAAUUAACUCGCAACUUUGCAUAUCCGAAAAUAAGUUACAAAGGCAAAAUAGAAGAGAAACCAGUUAUGAUUCCUAAACAACAGAAAUCUUUAAUAACGGAGAUUUCCACGAAACCGAGCCAACGAAAAAUAAUUGAUGAAAAAUCAACCAAAAAUGUCAGAACUCUGGAUAAACCUAAAUAUACCAUCACAGAAGAAUUUAGAGAUAAAAGGUUAUUCCUGAUUAUAACUAUUGAUACGCCUUCUAUGCAAUCAGUAAAGGAUAGCACAUUAGACUUAGAACCUUUGCGUCUAAUUUUUAAUUCGCCCAGGAAAUAUAAUUUGGAUAUCACGUUACCUUCAAAAGUGAAUAUCAUAUCUGCGAAAGCAAGAUUUAUAAAACCUAAGAAAAGAUUGGUUAUUAGAGCAGAGAAAGAUUGAUUAAUCCAAUGUAAAGUAAGCGUAACAAUUACUUUUUUUUUAUUAAUAUCAUUUCAGAAUGUAAUUUUAUUAAAGACCAUAAUCUAUUUAUGAAAAGAAUGCAUAUUUAAAUGUUUAUACAACCAGCAUAUUAUACAAAAUGAAUAUAUUUUAAUAUUCCACCUCUUUUAAAAAAAAAAAAAUUAACAUAAUAAUAAUAUUAAUAAUAAUA